CUGUAAUUGCAUGCGUUUCAGGAAAUGGAAGAUAAGGUGAUCAGUCCAGAAAAGGCUGAAGAAGCAAAGUUGAAAGCAAGAUAUCCUCAUCUGGGUCAAAAGCCUGGGGGCUCAGAUUUCUUGAGGAAGAGGCUUCAAAAAGGGCAAAAAUACUUUGAUUCUGGUGACUACAACAUGGCAAAAGCAAAGAUGAAGAACAAGCAGUUGCCUACUGCAGCUCCUGACAAGACGGAAGUCACUGGUGACCACAUUCCCACUCCACAAGAUCUUCCGCAGCGGAAACCAUCUCUUGUUGCUAGCAAGCUGGCUGGCUGACUAAAACAGCUGAACUGCAUGAAUCUUCUCAUUCCCUUUAUUUCUCCUUAAUAGUUAUUUCUCACUUACUUUUUUUUUUUUUUUUUUUUUUUUUACACUAAGUUGUUGAGACUGACAGCUUUUUGCAGGUAGCGGUAGUGAAUGCUGCUAUUGUAAGGGAGUACUGUUAAGAGUAAAUGUGUAGUACUUGGACUAGUAAGAACAAUGCACUGAUAAAAAGGACAAGUUUGGUUAGAGCAGUGUAAUCUACUUGAAAAUGUACAUAUUGCCUAUUUCCUAGUGUAGAAAUGGUUCCAGCAAGUGACAUAGCAAGUUUUACAACUUUUAAUGUUUCUGCUUUUGUUAUUUCACCUUAAUUACAGCAUAGUAUGUUUGUAUUUAAUAUAACCUCCUGUUGUGUUGCUUUUUCUCCUGUGUUUGGUUUUGUCUAAAACAGAGGUUUAGACCACAAGUUACUAGAAGGUAAAGCAUGUAUCAACACAGACAGGGCUCUGAAUGAAUUUGUGUAUCUGCUCUUGAACUUGAAUGGCCUUAAACCUGUUUCAGCUUUAACAAUAGAUUUUUACUUGGGCAAUAUUUGCCCAUUCUGGUGUAACUCUUGUGAACCUAGUGCUUAUUGACAACUGCCUGUUGAAGCUGGUAUUCUUUUCAGUUCUGUAGCGUAGAACACACUUUUAUUUAAGAUGUGAAUGAAGUGUGCAUGUGCAUAGACUGUUGAAUUCACUCUUGUGCCAUUUUUGUAAAUACAAUAGUUUUGCACAACCUUUUGCAAAUGUCUAUUAAUUUUACAUUUUAAAAAGCAGAUAAUGUGCCAAUCAGAAGCACAAGUAACUCUGUAACUGAAAGUUUUGGCCUGAAACUUUGUGCUCAGAAUCUUGCUACUGAUAAAACUUGUAAACCCAAGAUUUGUGAAACACUUAAUAUUGAUACCUGACUGAGUCAACCUUACUUAUGCUUUUUGCGGUUGUAUAUUUUGUGUAGCAGUGACGUCCAAUGUUCAUGUAUAGCAAUCUGAAAUAUGUUCCUGUAGGCAUUCAAAAGGCAGGCACCCUUUCUGUUCAGCAACUUUUAAAUCUAUAUCUUUUUAAAGUUGAAAUACUCUGGGAUUCUGUGGAUUACAGAGAUACUUACAGUUCUUUAGGGUUAUUAUGACAGACUCCAAACCUGUUAGGGAUUAAGGGAUUAGAUGCAAUUGUAUUUGGAAUAUUUUUAGUGUUAUAGAAUUGAGAAGGGUAUGAUAUCAUAUUUCGUGAAAUCAUGAAGUGGUGAUAUGCCAACUCCUUGUUUUGGCAACCUUAGUUCUUUGUGUUGCACAGCAACCCCUAACCAGCUUUGAGCAAUACCAAGAACUGAACUUGUAUUAUAUGUGCUAUCUAUUGAUAAAUGUGGUAGUUUCUCAUUCCAGCAAAUGAGGAUAAGCGUGGCAUCUUGUGUAGAUGGUGAAGGUUAUAAAGGGACCUAACUACUGAUUACAACAGGUAAUAUACAUGUACGGUGAUAUUAGAUGGAACUUCAGGAAGGAGAAAAUCAGAAUUUGUCUUUUUAGCUGAAUCAGGUAUAUUAGAUAAAAGUGGAGCUUUUGCUGUUAGUACCUAUAAAACUAUUAAUAUGAAGGCUGUGAUUUAGUCUUUGGGAUCACAGUAUGAAUUUAUUACCUCUCUUAGAAUACUAGAGUCUUGCAUAGCUUGCUGUUAUCAUUCAUUCAGUUUUCUUAAAGAAAAGGUCUAAUACAACUUCUGUAAAAAAAAUUCCAUCCCCAGAAAAAUCAUUAUAAGAGAAAAUACUCUAAACAUACAUUUUUAAAUCCUUCUUUUGUAUUGGCAUCUGCCAAAACAGCUGUUAUCCAAGUGGCUAAGAAAAAUAGAUUGGUCUCUGGUCUCUGCAGAGCCCCUCCCAAAGACAGACCUGAGGAUCAGACAAUAAUCAUUCAAAAUUUAGUUUAACUUUAAUUCAGCUCUACUUUGAAUUAUGCAUAAUAGCCAGAUGAGCUUAUUCUGUCUCUUGGGAGCACUGAGCACUUGCAGUGACUAUUUAACCCCCUCUGGAAAAUUCUAGCUUCUUGUCAUAACAAGAUGUAGCAGUAGAGAUGUUAGAUAUGCAUGUUCUAAAUUUUAAAUAUGCUAUAGACAAAGGCAGUGGUGCAGGCUUAACUUGC